AUGCCGGCUACAGAUAACAAAACAACCUUCAACGAUGAAGAGCCCAAGGCAGCACUUGAAGCCCUGGAGGAUGUAUCAGAGGCAGACCGGCUGCUGGUACAUUUCCCAAUCCUACAGGACAAGUCGCCAGAGGAGUUGGAACAAUUGAACAAAGCAGUCCUUCACAAACUGGACUGGUAUUUCCUUCCCUGCGUCACGAUGAUGCUCCUGAUGAGCUACCUUGACCGUAUUAACGUCUCGAAUGCCCGUCUUGCCGGCAUGCAGGACGACCUGCAGAUGUCAGACACCACUUGGUCUGCUGGCAUAUCUCUGUUUUAUGUUGGCUACAUUAUCUCGCAAGUGCCGGCUAAUGUUAUCAUCGCCAAGGGCAAACCGAGCGUCCUGAUGCCCUCGAUUAUGCUGGCGUGGUCUGCAGUGACGAUCUGCAUGCCUGCACUCACAACUGGCUGGGGCUUCUGUCUCUGCCGGUUCUUGGUUGGAUUCACAGAGGGCCCGUUUGUCCCGGCAGUCUCUCUUCUCACGUCGUCGUGGUAUACAAAGAAGGAGUCACCGCUCCGUAUGGGGAUUUGGCACGCAGGGAAUAUCAUUUCUAAUGUUUUCUCGGGCCUUCUCGCCGCGGCGAUCCUCACAAACAUGGAUGGCAUCGCAAAGCUCCGUGCCUGGCAGUGGUUCAUCCUGCUUGAAGGCAUCGUGAGUAUCAUCGUUGCUCUGCUCGGCUUUCGGUUCCUGCCCAACUUCCCGGACAACACCAGCAGAAGAUGGUUCUCUGAAGAAGAGGAGGCGAUGGCACAAUACCGACAGGCUGUCUCUGCCGGUGGGAUUCUCGAAGGAGGAGAGGGAGAAGGAGGCUAUUGGGGUGGAGUGAUAAUGGCAGCCAAAGAUCCGUUUACAUGGCUGUUCGCGGGGAUUCACUUUUCAUUGAUCAUUGCCCAGUCUUUCAAGGACUUCUUUCCAUCGAUUGUCGAGACGCUUGGUUUCAGCAAGGUCGUGACAUACCUUGUGCAGGCUCCGCCAUAUGUUAUUGCUUAUUUCGCUACUCUCGCCAUCUCCUGGUCGUCAGGGCGAUUCGGCGAGCAUUGUUGGCAUAUUAUAGUGCCAAUUCUGGUCGCCCUGGUCGGUUCAGUGCUCAUGAUCUCAACCCUGAACCUGGGAGCCCGGUAUUUCAGUCUGAUCCUGCUCUGCACUGGACCUUUUGUAGGGCUGAAUAUACAAAUCUCUUGGGAAACCACAGUCGUGCCGCGGCCCCGAACAAAGAGAGCUGCGUUGGUUGCUAUAGCCAACUGUGUCUCUUCGGUCUCGCACUGGUUCACGCCGUACUUCUUCCUUCGAUCUCAGGAGCCGCGAUACCAGACUGGUGGCGGAAUCAUCAUUGCCGGGUGUGCACUGUCGGCCAUGUUUUGUCUUGCAGCCCGUUGGUGGUGCAUUAGGAAGAACAAGCAGUUGGAUGAAGCUGAGGCAGCCAGUGGAAACGUGUCUGAAUGGAGAUAUAUUACUUAG